AUGCUGGAACUCGGCACUGGUGGUAUCAGCAGCGACAAGGUGGUCUUGGGCACCGACUGCUCGGGGCUGGACACGUUCAAGGUCGCUUUGGACGCUGUUCUGGUCAAAGGCGGGGGGGGUGUCGCGCACGCGUUCGCGUCCGACAACCGGCUGUGGGCACGCAAGUUCAUCAAGAAGCACAACCCGGGCUUGUGCAUCGUGUGCAGCGACAUCACCAAGCGCCCCAACAAGCAAACGCCCUACGUGGACAUUUACUGCGCCUCGCUUCCGAACAAUGGCCAGUACACGGCACAGGAGCUGUCCGACGGCGAGGAUAACCCCCACGACAAGGAUAUCGUCACGAUGCACGUUCUCAACUACAUCAAGGAGAAGAGGCCCAAGGCAUUCCUGCUCGAGUCCAGGGUCCACCUCUACAGCGCGAGCAUGAAGCCAGAGAUGGCGGCGGUGCACGGCCACCUGCAGAAGAAGCUCACGACCGAGAGCGGCGACCCGAGCUACUACGUCUGGAGCGACCCGAUGGACGCGCGUUGCGAUGGUGGCCUGCCUCAGGCGUCGCAAAGGCCCGACUUCGACGAGCCGCCGGGCCUGAGUCCGGCCCAGCUCCGCAAUUACAAGAAGGUCAAGGACUGGCUCGAGCCCGCCAUAGACGUGAAGAUGCCGAACCCCCCCGGCAAUCAGAUCAUCAUCUCGGACUUGAGCGUCGGUCCGACGAGGGACCCCGACACUUUGCGAGGAUGCUCGAUCGGCCUGGCGCCCAGCCGCCCGAACGGCUACUUCAUCUGGGGGAGGCAGCGGUUCAUGACGACUACUGAGAUGGAGUCGCUGCAGGCCAUUCCGAACGACCACUUCAAGUACGACGGCAUCAUCAGCGAGAACCAGUACAAGAAGCUCGUCGCUGAGGCGCCGCCUGCCCCGAUAGUCGGCCGCGUCUUGCGCAAGAUUUUGCUACAGGUGAAGCCCCCUCCGGCUAUCGUGGAGCCCGACCCUUGGUGCCCUUCUUCGGGCUGGGCGAAAGCGAAGGCUUAUCCUCCUGUGUUUCCCUACUUCGACUGA